AUGUCAGCCGAAGCAGAUGUCAAGCUCGAGGACUUCUCGUCCAUCUUCUCCCUGCCCCAAAAGGUGGCCGUAGUCACUGGUGGAUCCAGAGGUCUCGGUCUCCACGCCGCAUCUGGUCUCCUCCAAGCCGGGUGCUCCAAAGUCUUCAUCACCUCCCGCAAGGCCAAGGCAUGCGAGGAAGCAUGCGGCGCCCUCAACAAGCUGCCCGGCAUCAAGGGCAAGGCCAUCUCCGUACCCGCCGACAUCUCAAAGGUCUCCGAGAUUGAGCGUCUGGUAGCAGAAGUUGGAAAACACACCGGUCAUGUGGAUAUCUUGUUCGCCAAUGCUGGUGCAACAUGGGGUGCUCCUUUCGACAAGCACCCUGCCGAGGCCUUUGCUAAGGUCAUGGACCUGAACGUCAACAGUGUCUUUUACUGCAUUCAGAAAUUCGCUCCGCUACUCGAGAAGAAGGCUUCAUUAGCAGAACCCUCCCGCGUACUCGUCACAGCAUCUGUCGCGGGCAUUGGGAUUGGGUCUCUGGGAGAGAACGCAACACCCGGAUACAGCGCCUCCAAGGCCGCAGCACUCCAUCUCACACGCAACCUGGCUGUCGAGUUGGGUCCGAGAGGAAUCCUCUGUAACAGCAUUGCUCCUGGCUUCUUCCCCACCAAGAUGGCCAACGGCUUGAUGGCUUUGACUGGUGGUACACAGGCUCUUGCCGAUGCAAACCCCAACAAGAGAUUGGGCAAGCCCGAGGACAUCGCCGGUACUGUCGUAUAUCUUUGUUCCAGAGCAUCGAGUCAUCUGAACGGCGCUCACAUUGUCAUUGACGGUGGUAGUAUAUUGGGCCGCUCUAAGCUGUGA